CCGGGCUCCUCCGAACUCAUGUUGCCAAUGUCAGCCAUGCGUCCUGGACACAGCACCACUGGCUUGGAUAGAUGUGCUGGGUGCUCCCACACCCCAGGACACACUGGUUCCUAACCUUAUUUACCUUCUCUCCUCACUCUUCACCCCUCAGCCUAAAAUAUCACUGCGAGGUAGCCCACCUGAUUAGCAAUCUAGCCACUAGGCUGUGUCUCCACUCUCUCUCUCUCUUUAAAGCAAAAGUUCUCAAUGUGAACCUGUAGCGGAAAGAAGAAUGGGGCAGGGGGGUGGGCGAGCUGUUUGCUCUGCCCUUCCUGGCUGUCGCCACCUUGCAGGUUAUGACACGGUGACAGAGGGAGGUCUGAGAAAGGAGACAGACUAGAGCUGCUUGUUCUCCUGGAAACCCGGGAGCCACUUGGUGCUGACAGCCCUUCCUACUUUCCCUGCGGCUCUUUUGUGUGACUUUGAGAGGGGCUCCCGGUGACUGAUUCCUACUGAGCGCCUGCGGAGGCGAGCAGCAGCUCCCGGAGGGGGGGACCCGAGCGGAGCAGAGCAGUGGCCAGAGGCAGCCAGCACAGACCUCAACUGCUGGCACUGGCAUGCAGUUUUUGAAGUCAGCAGAAACAGAAAUCAAAUUAUUCUCAUUUUCAGCUGCUGGAAGCUCAAGGAGAGGGGAUUCCACACCAGCUCAGUCACCACCAUGCGACAGGCGAGUCACAGGAUAGCAGACCCUGGCGACAAUGAAUGUAAGUUCUUAGGCUGCUGUCUUUUACUGCUGUGGGAUUUUCUUUCUGGUUGAAGUCACGCUUGGCCACGAUGCCGUCAUUGCCGUGAGAAUUUCUGGAGUGGAAAGUUCUCUGCUGCUCUUCGGGAUGCGUUUUCCUUUCAUUAACCAAGCCACAGACAGGAGCAGAAAUUCCUGAUCGCCGCUGCGGCGAUUCUGCCGGAGACUAAGAAGAGAGCACGUUUGUGUCCUCAAAUGCUCAAAAGGGCUUUUUUUUUGCCUUUGCUUCAUUGAGAAGUUACACCUGGACCUGGGACUCUUCCUAGCACUGUGAAGGGAGACAGUAUCAAUCAAGAGGCGUCACACUUCUGUAACUCUUACUAUGGGAGAGGAAAAGGCAGCCAGAGGAGCCACACAUGGUCUCCGCUUCAACACGUCCUAGCACCGGGGCAUGAAGAUGAAUGGUGAGCCAAGGCUAUGACUUGCUAGUCCUUCCACACUUCAUCUGCUACAACUUCCGGCUUAGACAUGGAAAUUCUUUGUGAAGACAAUACUUCUCUGAGCUCAAUUCCAAACUCUUUAAUGCAAUUAGAUGGUGACUCCAGGCUCUACCAUAACGACUUCAACUCCAGAGAUGCUAACAGCUCUGAUGCAUCAAACUGGACAAUUGAUGCGGAAAACCGGACCAAUCUUUCCUGCGAAGGGUACCUCCCACCGACAUGCCUCUCCAUUCUUCAUCUCCAGGAAAAAAACUGGUCUGCUUUAUUGACAACUGUAGUGAUUAUCCUAACCAUUGCUGGAAACAUACUGGUCAUCAUGGCAGUGUCCCUAGAGAAAAAGCUACAGAAUGCCACCAACUAUUUCCUGAUGUCACUUGCCAUAGCUGAUAUGCUGCUGGGCUUCCUUGUCAUGCCUGUGUCCAUGUUAACCAUCUUGUAUGGGUACCGGUGGCCUUUGCCCAGCAAGCUCUGUGCAGUCUGGAUCUACCUGGACGUCCUCUUCUCCACGGCCUCCAUCAUGCACCUCUGUGCUAUUUCACUGGACCGCUAUGUCGCCAUCCAGAACCCCAUCCACCAUAGCCGCUUCAACUCCAGAACCAAGGCCUUCCUGAAAAUCAUUGCUGUGUGGACCAUAUCCGUAGGUAUAUCCAUGCCGAUCCCAGUCUUUGGAUUGCAGGAUGACUCGAAGGUCUUUAAGGAGGGGAGCUGCCUGCUCGCCGAUGACAAUUUUGUCCUCAUAGGUUCUUUUGUGGCGUUUUUCAUCCCCUUAACCAUCAUGGUUAUCACCUACUUCCUCACUAUCAAGUCACUUCAGAAAGAAGCCACCCUGUGCGUGAGUGACCUCAGUACCCGGGCCAAAUUAGCCUCCUUCAGCUUCCUGCCUCAGAGCUCUCUGUCGUCCGAAAAGCUCUUCCAGCGGUCCAUCCACAGGGAGCCAGGCUCCUACACAGGCAGGAGGACGAUGCAAUCCAUCAGCAAUGAGCAAAAAGCGUGCAAGGUGCUGGGCAUCGUGUUCUUUCUGUUUGUCGUGAUGUGGUGCCCAUUCUUCAUCACCAACAUCAUGGCCGUCAUCUGCAAAGAGUCCUGCAACGAAGAUAUCAUCGGAGCCCUGCUCAAUGUGUUUGUCUGGAUUGGAUACCUCUCCUCAGCUGUCAAUCCACUGGUCUAUACACUGUUCAACAAGACUUACAGGUCUGCCUUCUCGCGGUACAUUCAGUGUCAGUACAAGGAAAACAGAAAGCCACUGCAGUUAAUUUUAGUGAACACUAUACCGGCGUUGGCCUACAAGUCUGGUCAGCUCCAGGCGGGACAAAAUAAGAACUCUAAGGAAGAUUCUGAGCCGGCAGGUAAUGACUGCUCUAUGGUUACACUAGGAAAACAACAGUCCGACGAGACUUGUACAGACAGUAUCAACACCAUGAAUGAAAAGGUUAGCUGCGUGUGAUGGACUGGUUGCUAUGACAAUGGCACUUGAACCAGUUUUUAGCCCUAGUGUGUGGGGGUGGGGAUCAGGAGUCUGGGACAAAUUAGACUACUCCGGUGACUCAAUAGUAUCUAUAUGCCUCAUUGUACUCUGUGUAUGAAGACAAAAUGUGUGUCACAAAAUGUGCACUUGGACAAUGUCGUGACAGCAUUUGAGCAGAGUGUUGUGGUUUUAUCAUUGUCCUUUUAACAUUGUCAGUGAGCACUUUAAGAUCAUUGUACUUUAUUGUACAAUUAUAAUGAGGCAUAAAAAUCAAUCUAAUUAAUUUCUAUUAUUCAAAUGGAAACCUUGCUGCCAUGUUGUUGAUGGGUGGCAUGGGAGUGACUUGGUGACCUAUUAUUGUAUAUAAAAGUAGCUAGAAAUACUGAACAUAAUGAAUAGCCUCUUUUAAAAAAAGCAUUUAAAAUUUACCAUGACACAUAUUUUGAAAAUAAAAAAAUAGUAUUAUGAAAUUUGUAUUGCUAAUAUAAUUAAUUGAAAUACUUGACAAUAUUUUUCAUUCUUGCCUUUUCAUAGAUGCCAUUUUGAAAUGUUCACAAGAUCACUGGCAUUUGCUGCAUCUGUCAUUUAAUUCUCAGAUGUGGAAGGAUUUUAAAUGUUAUUCAAUAACGUGCUGCUUUCUCUUCAACUUCUUGGGCUUUACCUGAAUUUGCAAUGUGAUCUUGUUUCAUAUAUUUUCCUCUCUGUAAACUAUCAAAGGAUAAUUUUGCUUUUCAAAAUACAGUUCUAGAACUCGCUUCAAAGAAACAGCAUCCUGGAGGUGUUUGGUCACUCACUAUGGGACCAACUGCAUUGCGCAUGCGCCCUUUGAGCGGCGACCAGUACAUUGAUUUGACUGACACAGCUAAACAAUAAACUCAGGUUUCUCGCUGUUAGCAGUAGUUUCUUAGGCUGUUUCUGGAAGAAAAAAAAAGUCAAGUGGCUUUCCUAUUGACACUUAAUCAGGUAAAACUGAUGUUUUCAAAGGGCUGGGGAUAUAAGUCCAUUGAUAGGAGUGUUCCUCUACCAUGCAGGGUUCCCAGCACUGUGAGCAUUGGGGAAGCACUAGCUUGGAUCCCCAGGGUAAGGAGGUGCAUGCCUGUUAUCCUAGCCCUUGGGAAAUGCAGGUGAAUCAGGAAUUCAAAGUCAUUCUCAGCUUUCUAUCAAGUCGGUGUGGACUGCAUGUAACCCUGCCCCAAAAAGAAAAUAAAUAAAUAUAGACUUUUUGAAAAUUGAUACUUUCAUAUUAAUGUAUUUAUAUUAUUUAUUAAAAUGGGUUAGCUUGGUUCCACAGUGAUCUAUGUACUGUAUCUUAUGAGUGGAGCAGUUCCUUAGUUAUUAAGUAUAUAAAAAUAAAUUUAUAAGAUCUUUCCACUUAAAAAUGACAACUUAAUUGGCCAUUGUCAAAAAGCAUGAACAGAUUUAUUUUGAAAACCAAUCAGUUCAAUUGCUUUCUUACCUGACUCAGAAAAGAGUUUGUAUUUACUCUUGAAAUUUUUUUCCAGUUUUUCUCAUUUGCCAAGCAGGCAAGAAAAUGAGAAAAUGUCAGUUGAAUCAAGGAUUUCAAUUUAUGUAUAGAAAUAAGCACCUCAGACUGAAUCCAACUCAUGAUAAUCAAGGUUUAAAGCAGUAUUUUUUGUCCCUACCCUCUAAAACUCCAUUCAUUUUACUCUGACAGAUACUAGCUCCCAAUUAAAAGGCAAACAUCAGUUACCAUAAUGUUUGGUAGAAAUGAUCACUAACAAAGUCGGCCACUGUUACUCCGCUUUGACACUGUGGUGUACAAGAGUAAAUUGCACAUUACUGUUGGAACAUUCAAUAGGUACAGGGUAAAACACUGGAAGUUUUAUAUUGACUAUAAACGUGUUUUGCUGUAAGCCGUUGGGAAAUUUACAAGUUUGGCAUUAAAGAAUGUAGAAAGCUUCAUUAUGUAGGUUGGAAAUGCACUAAUGUUUUCCCGAGUUUUUCUUACAGUCGCUUUGAAUGGUGGUCAUUGCUUCAGACAUAGAAUUUUAGUAUGUCACUUGUACUGAGAUUAUAUUUGAAAAGAGCUAGUCCUCAAUGCUUAGACCAUAAUGACUGAUAAAAACAGAAGUGUUAGGAAGUCUGCUCUAAUGUGUGUUGCCUUAGUUUAACACUGUACACAUGUCAAUAUGCAUUAAGGAAAAACCUAUCAAUUCUAAUCUGAGAUCUUAAUCCAUCAGAAUGACCAUAAAUACUGCCUGGCAGAUGUCUUUUGACUAUACAUGUAUAACCAGUGUGUAUGUGGUUUUUCUCUCUGUAAGUAUCCACUGAAGUGUAUAUAAGAAAACGUGUACCUGUAUAUAUGUACAGACAUGUUCCCAUGCACUUUAUUCAAUAUUUAUAUAUUUAUAUGAAAGAGGAGCAAGUCGGUGAAAACACACACAUGUGCAUGUUUGAAUCAUGUUUGUCUAAAUGUGAAUUCAUGUUCUAAUAUUCCUUUGACCUUCCAUGACUGCCAAAGGAGAUUACUGUGUAACAGACAUACCCUUUAAAUAAACUGGAAGUUGCUUUAAUUAUGUGGAAAGAUUUUAACACAGGUUGAUCAGGGUGUUGAAAACAAUAGCCUGUGUUCCGUGUACUAAUCUUAAAUUGAAUGGUAACUUCAGGCCUCUUUUUAGGCUGGGUACUUCCUGACCUCUGUGGCUAUUCAGAUACACUCCUCUCCCCGGUAGGGGGAAAAAGACCAUCUAAUGAUUUAUUGAUCCAUGUUGAAAGGAUUCGUUUCUAGCCAAUACUAUUAAAAGAGUGACUAACUUCAGUCUUCUUUAAGUUAGAUGAUAGAUUCUUCUAGACUUAAGGGAUUCAAUGCCAUAGUUAAGGAAAACUCAGUUAGAGCUUACAUAAUCUACUUGGCCACAUCGCCAUCUCAUGGUCAGUUUUGGAAAAUGCUACCAUAGCCCACUCAAAUUGUGACUGGGCUGCUUUUAGCAAAAGGGUUCUUCCCCCAUUUUGUGCACUGAUGAAACGUAUUUAUAAAGUGUUGUUAUUCUGUGCCAUAUGUAACAAAUACAGUGAAGAUUUAUUUUAUGUACUGAUUUUAAUCUAUUCUAAAAUAUUUGAAGAAUGAAUGAUUAAUUGCAAAUAAAGUAUACUAAAAACA